UGUGUUGGACCUAACAGAAUGACCUUGGGAAAGUCACUUAAUUUCUUAAACCUGUUUUUCCAACUCUAAAGUGAAAUUAGUAACAGUAGCUGUUUUAUAGAGUUCUCAAGAUUAAGUUUAAAAAUGACAAUAAAGCAGCACGGUAUCUGGCAUAUAGUAAACAAAUGGUGGCUUUUACUGGCAGUAGUGUAAGCCUGUUUAUCUUUUAAGGUUAAGAAAUAGAAUUCAGGCCUCUUUGGAAAUGAAGCUGUGUUAAUUCACCCAAUCCCUCUUUUAAAAACUCUGUUGUGGAAAUAAUAUACACAAGAGAGAGACCCAUCCAUUACAGUAUCAGUAAUUGUCAAAGCAGGCCUACUGGUUUCAUCUCCCUACCCGGCAUUCAUGUUUUGUUUUAGCUGGAGCAUUUGAAAGCAAAUCCAGAACAGGUAUUUCAACUGCCCAAGACAACUUCAUACCUAUAUAAUGUAACAGAAAAAGUCAGAAAACAUUAGGCAAAUAGAAGUGUGGAGCAUAUUAAGAAAGAUGAACAUCUCUGGAAGCAAUUGUGGAAGCCCUAGUUCUAUAGAUAUAUCUAAUGACUUCAAGGAACUUUGGACAAAACUAAAAGAGUAUCAUGAUAAAGAAGUACAAGGUUUACAAGUAAAAGUAACAAAACUGAAAAAGGAACGAAUUUUAGAUGCACAGAGACUAGAAGAAUUCUUCACCAAAAAUCAACAGCUGAGAGAACAACAAAAAGUCCUUCAUGAAACCAUUAAAGUUUUAGAAGAUCGAUUAAGAGCAGGAUUAUGUGAUCGCUGUGCAGUAACUGAAGAGCAUAUGCGGAAAAAACAGCAAGAGUUUGAAAAUAUCCGGCAGCAGAAUCUUAAACUUAUCACAGAGCUUAUGAAUGAAAAGAAUACUCUCCAGGAAGAAAAUAAAAAGCUUUCUGAACAGCUGCAACAGAAAAUUGAGAAUGAUCAACAGCAUCAAGCAACUGAUCUUGAAUCUGAGGAAAAUGUUAUUCCAGAUUCACCAAUAACAGCCUUUUCCUUUUCUGGCAUUAACCGGCUACGAAGAAAGGAGAACCUCCAUGUCCGAUACAUAGAACACACACACACUGAGCUGGAAGAGUCUGUGUGUACAAACGAACUCAGAAAACUUCCAAAGUCUUCAAUUCAUCCACAGAAUAAACCUAAUGAAAGUGAAAUUCUGGUGGCUGACACUUGUGAUCAGAGUCAAUCCCCAGUGUCUAAAACACAUGGAACAAACCAUUGUCCUACUGAUAAGUCAUCUUUUAAUUUGGCUACAGUUGUUGCUGAAACACUUGGACUUAGUGUUCAAGAAGAAUCUGAAUCUCAGGGUCCCACGAGCCCUCUUGGUGAUGAACUCUAUCAUUGUCUAGAAGAUCACAAGAAACAACCUUUUGAGGAAUCUGUAAGAAACAAUGAAGAUACUUUAAGGUUUUCAGAUUCUAAUUCAAAGACUCCUCAGGAAGAGUUAACUACUCGGGUAUCAUCUCCUGUAUUUGGAGCUACCUCUAAUGUGAAACGCAGUUUAGGUUUGAAUACAAGUUUGUCCCCUUCUCUCUUAGAGACUGGGAAAAAAAACCUUUUGAAAACAGCACCCUUCAACAACACUUCUAAUUCUAGACUAGGAAAAACAACUUCAAAAUCUGAAGAUAGUGCCCUUUUCACACAGCAUAAUCUUGGGUCUGAAGUGAACAAGAUCAUUAGCCUGUCAUCUUCAAAUAAACAGAUGCUUAUAAAUAAAAAUAUAAAUGAACCCAAAAGUGAACAGGAUAGUUUUGAUCACAUUAAAGAUGCUGUCACUGAUAAACAUGCAGUGCCACUGAAAUCACUGGGAGGCAGAACAUCCAAAAGGAAGAAAAUUGAGGAAGAAAGUGAAGAUGAAGGAAGCUACCCUCAGGCCUCUUUUGAUAAAGAAAAUGCUUUUCCUUUUUUACUGGAUAGUCAUUCUUCCGUGAAUGGAGACUAUGUGAUGGAUAAACCUCUGGAUCUGUCUGAUCGAUUUUCAGCUAUUCAGCGUCAAGAGAAAAGCCAAGGAAGUGAGACCUCUAAAGUCAGAUUUAGGCAAGUGACUCUCUAUGAGGCCCUGAAGCCCAUUCCCAAGGGCUCUUCCUCAAGCCGAAAGACCUUAAGUGGGAGCUGUAUAUUAACCAGAGAUUCCCCAGAGGAGCCCUGUUUACAGGCAUGCGUCCUCCAGUCCUUGGGUAAAUCAUCUCCAGAUAAUAAAACACCAUUACAAAUCAAGGAAGAAAAUCCCAUCUUUAAAAUCCCUCUACGUCCGCGUGAAAGUUUAGAGACAGACAAUCUUUUUGAUGAUGUGAAGGGAGCUGAUUCUCAUGAGCCAGUAAAAGUAGGCAGGUCAGUCCAUGGAGCAUGUGAACUUACAUCUGUUCUUCAGUUAAAUCCAUGUAGAGUUGCUAAAACAAAGUCUGUACAAAACAGUCAAGAUGUAUCCUUUGAAAAUAACCAGUGGAGCAUAGAUCCAGGAGCAGACCUUUCUCAAUAUAAAAUGGAUAUUACUGUAAUAGAUACAAAGGAUGGCAGUCAGUCACGAUUAGCAGGAGGAGAGACAGUGGACACGGACUGCACAUUGGUUAGUGAAACGGUGCUUCUAAAAAUGAAGAAGCAAGAACAAAAGGGAGAGAAAAGUCCAAAUGGAGAAACAAAAAUGAAUGAUACCUUGGAAGAUAUGUUUGAUCGGACAACACAUGAAGAAUAUGAAUCCUGUUUGGCAGAUAGCUUUCCCCAGGCAGCAGCUGAAGAAGAGGAAUUGUCGACUACCACAAAGAAACCAAACACUCAUGGUGAUAAACAAGAUAAAGUCAAACAGAAAGCAUUUGUGGAGCCAUAUUUUAAAGAUGAUGAAAGAGAGACUAGCUUACAAAAUUUUCCUCAUAUUGAGGUAGUUCGGAAAAAAGAAGAGAGAAGAAAAUUGCUUGGACACACAUGUAAGGAAUGCGAAAUUUAUUAUGCAGAUAUUCCAGCAGAAGAAAGAGAAAAGAAGCUGGCUUCCUGCUCAAGACACCGAUUCCGCUACAUUCCACCCAACACACCAGAGAAUUUCUGGGAAGUUGGUUUUCCUUCCACUCAGACGUGUAUGGAAAGAGGUUACAUUAAGGAAGAUCUUGAUCCUUGUCCUCGUCCCAAAAGACGGCAGCCUUACAAUGCAAUGUUUUCUCCAAAAGGCAAGGAGCAGAAGACAUAGAUGUUGAAGCAAAAACAGGAUGGAGGACAAUGUUUCUUUUUAGUUAUUUAUAGUUAAAGUUGGGAUUAAACAUUGAUUUUUUUUUUGAUCUUCUGUAAACUGACUUAUAAAUCGUUUUUCUAUUGAAAGUGUUUUUAAAUGGCAUUUACCCACCACACAAACAACUAUUUAAAAUGUGGAUACGCUUAUGUUAUAUUUUCUUGCUUUUGCAUCUUUAAAACAAUAAGGUGUUUUCAUUUUGCACUCUAACUUAAGAGUUAUUUACUUUAUUUGGUAAUACCUAAUUACAGUUUUGAAAAUAUGAUAGUUGUAGUCUCUGAUUUGUUGCCUUUUAGGUCUUUUCACUCAACCUUCCCUUGAUACUUACAUUCAACAGUGGCUUUGUGCUAAUCAUUACAAAUUUUCCUUCCCUUCAUCAGUUGCUCCUCUGUAGGUCAUUCCAGUAUCUGACAUUUAAGUCUUUAAAAAAAAAAAAAAAAAGGCUAAAUUUUAGUAGUCCUUUUAAAUUUCCAGCUUCUUUCUUUUUUUGACUUAAAAAUGAGCUCCUACUCCAUAGUGAAUUCUUUUAGAGACUCAACCACAAGUAUCAACCUUUUUUCCUUUUUCAUAUAUUAUAAAUUAACACAGUCCUCUGAUCUGAUCAUCCUAUUCCAGGUCUUCACAGUCUCUUCAUCAUACUUUUCUAAAGUUUUCAAGCUGAAUGUGUCAAGUUCUCUGCGCAUGUGUUCUAGUUCAGUUGUAUUUUUUUCUCUGGGUUGACUAAUAUUAUUAACUUCCAAUUUGGCAAUAAAACAGAUCUCUUGAUUCAGCAAAUUUCUGUUCCUCUAGGACCUAGUUUCUGAGUCAUCAGAAUGACAGACCACAUCUGUGUCAUCCACUGUUACUGGUGGCAUUUUAUCAGUGUCUUUUUUGAGUGUCUCUCUAAUCCAUAUCUUGACAGUAUUGCUCAAGCAGGAGUACAUGAGACACUGAAUGGAAUGCCUCAAUAAAAUCUAACUGUGUAGAUAAAA